AUGAGCUUGAUGUCGAAAUUAAAAUUAAAACCAACAGGUCCAAUUUAUCCAUGGUCUCAAAUUAAUGAACUUGGUGAAUGCAAUCCUUUUCCACGUUAUGAACAUUCAUCAAAUGAAUAUGUAAUUAAUAAUAAAGUAUUCAUUUUCGGAGGGAUUGUCGAAGGAAAAGCACAAAAUGAUGUUUUUUUAGUGGAAACGGAUAAAUUACAUGCAUAUAAGCUUAUAACAUCAGGAGAUAUACCGUAUCCACGGAGUAGACAUACACAUGUUAAUGUCGGGCACAACAUGAUAGUUUUUGGUGGGUUGCUUAAAUAUCCUACAGACAAUUCUGACGCUUUUAUUUACAUACUCAAUACUGUUACAAACCAGUGGUCAAAACUUUCAAUUCCUGAAAAGCUUUUUCUUACACAACGUCACGGCCAUACGGCAACUGUAAUUGGGACCUCCAUGUAUAUAUUUGGUGGUCAAAAUUACAGAGGAAUUUAUUUAAAUGAUUUAAUUGUGUUUGAUUUAACUACCAUGGAAUCACAAAAUUUAAGUUGGAAGAUUAUUUCUCAUUCGAAUUAUGCACCGUCUGGCAGGACUGGACAUAUUGCAUGUGCAUAUAAAGAUAAAAUUUACGUUUUCGGAGGAACUGAUGGAAUCCGAUGUUAUAAUGAUAUGUGGUGCUAUGACAUAAAAGACAAUUCUUGGUCAGAAAUUUCUUCAGUGGACUUUAAUCCUUUGCCGCGUUGUUACCAUAAAGCUGCUCUUGUGGAUGAUAUAAUUUAUAUUUUUGGCGGAAUUACAAAUGAUAAUAAAGAACUAUCCGAUUUAACAGCAUUCAGAAUAAACCAAAAAACAUGGCAUAUAUUUCAGAAAAUGGGUCCUACACCAAGUCCUUGUUAUGGGCAUACAAUGACUGCAGCAGAUGACAAAAUUUUUAUUUUUGGGGGAGAAUCAUUUGAUUCUAAGGGAAUAAUCCAUAUUUUGGAUACAUCUAAAAUAAAAUUUCCUACAGGGACUUAUUUAAAUAUAUCACCGCAACGAAGGAUAUCUGAGCCCCCUAUUUCAAACCAUGUUAACGAACAAAGCAAUAGCAUUAAGAAUAAAAAACCUAUAUCUCUGACUUUAGCACCAUCGCAAAUAACAAAUUUUAUAACAAGGCCUGGAGGUCCGAAACGUCAAGUGAAAAGUCCUCUGGAGAAAGUAACAGAAUCUUUGCCAGAGAUUGAAGAAAAUCAAGCUAUCGAUGAAAAAGUAAAAGCUAUUGAAAUCUCUACAAAUAAUGCAAAAAUGGUAGGAAAGGAUGAAUCUUUUGAUAAAGAAAACACUAAUUUAGAAUUUGAUGGAGCAAAUACAAAUAUAGAACAUAUGCGAAAUAUAAAAUCUACAUUUGACGGAAAACAAAAGUGGAAGUCACAAGAUGUUCAAGCUACAGGUCAAGCACCAAUACUUUCAGACGAUCUUUUCGAUAAUACACCUACUUCUGAAUAUCAUAAUCAGUAUUUUGAUGACCUUUCGAAUAUGAAUCGAGAGAGUUAUUUGGAAAGGCUUCAAGAACAAGAUUUUAAAAUUGCUGAAUUUAAAAAGCGUGAACUUUGGCUUAAGUCCCAACUAGAAUUGGCUAAAAAGAAUGGUUAUACACCAGGUUCCUCUGAUAAUGAUUUAAAUGGUGGUCUUGACACUGGGAAAUUAUCAGUCACUGAAGGGAUAGGAUCUGAGAAAUUCUCAGUUAUUAGAUUUAUUGUUCAAUUAAGCCAACAAUUACAGCAAGCAAAGGAAAUUGCAAUAAAUCAAUCCAGAUUAGCAUAUAAAAAGAUAGCAAAUAUUGAACCAAAAGUUGAAAAAACAUCAAAUUUAUUAGAUGAUGUUCAAGCGAUUAAAGAACAACUGCUUCAAAUAAAAAUGCAGUUAAAAGCAACAAAAAAAGUAGUUGUGAAAUCGGAUAAUAUUGAAAAAGACAGUUCACCCAAAAAAGUUUCAGAACCUUGUGAAAGUGAAGAAGCAAGACCAUCCAAAGAAAUUUCUGAGUGUUAUAAUGAAUCGGAGACGUUUUAUGAAAUAGCAGAAAUUGAAGAUAUGAUUCGUUUAGUUGAAUCAAAAGCGGCAAGAACACAACGACAACUUAAAGAAAUAAAACAAAAAGCAAAUCAAAUUGGAUCGGACCAUCAGAUGAUAAAUAUGUAUGCACAAAGUGCAGACAAAUUAAUGAAAAUGAUUAAAGAUCAAUUAAUUAGCACUAAUAAAGAGGGGUUAGAGGAAAAACUUAAAAGAGCAUUUAAUACAAAUGGUAAUUUUAGAGCAUCAACAUUGCAGGGUUAUAUGGAUCAGCAGCCGUUAAGCCAGCAAUUAAAAAUUUCAAAAAGAGAAAAAUUGCAAAUUUCACACAUGCAAACACAAGUAACUCAAAUUCAAAACGAAAAAGCUUUAUUGAACAGGGAAUACGUGGAAUUGAAAAGAAUGUACGACCCUUUAAAAAAUGAAAAUGAAACGUUGAGAAAGUCUAAUGAACUUUUAAGGCAACAAAUUUUAACAUAUGAAAAUAUGAAAGAAAAUCUUGAACAGGAGAUAGAACAAAAAAAAUCAUCUUUUGAGCAACAAGGAAGUUUAAACAAGGAAACUCAAAGUGAAGAAGAAGAUCAAUGUUGGGAAGAAGAAAGAACUUUAAAAGAAUCAGAAAUUAAUUUAUAUAGGGAAAAAAAUAAUAGAUUGAUCGCCACUAAUGAAGAUUUAGAGCAAAAAUUGAUUAAUUCUGAAAACAAAGUUGCUAUGUUACUUGAUCAAAUGGAAAGUAUUGUUGAAGUUUACCGAUCAAUUGGCGAUGUAUUUGGUAUAUGUAAUAACGAAGAAUUGUCAACGAUAAACUAUAAUAACGAAGAAUUGUCUACGAUAAACUUUAAAAUUCAAGAACCCAAAGCAUCAGAAAGUAAAGAAGACUAUUUUGAUAACUUGGUAAAGGAAAAAUAUCCAGAUCUUCCAAACUUUGUUCUUCCUGAAUAUCCAUCAUCACCAACGGAUACAGAAUUCUCUGAAACUGUUUCAUUUGAUGAAAACGAUUCUGAUAUUGAUGUUGGUAAAAGUAGUGAUCAGAUUCCUACUUUGUGA